UUCAGUAAGUGAAUACAGUGUAUAUAUAAAGUAGAUUUAGAAAUAGUAAAUAUUAGUGAUAACGCGUAAAGCUACCUAAACAUAUAACUUGCUUGCAUUGUGUCGAGGCACAUACCCCCCCCCCCCCCCUAAUUUGGUCAAGACUUUUCAUCAAAACUGCAUGCAGAUCAAUGGCAAAGCUAGCCAUGACAGAUGUUUUUUUAUUUUUAUUUUAAUGAUUUGCCCACUCGAUAAUAUCCAUCUACAAAGUCAUUCAACUCAAACAUUAACCUUGUUUGGGGUAACUUAAUGUCCCUGCGUGGUUAAAUUUUCUAGUUAGUUUAACGGUUAGUUUAACACAACCCUGGUUAGCUUGCCACAAUCCAGGAAAAUUUAACCAGGAUUCCUAGUUAAAGUUCGCUGUACAGUUUGAUCGCAGACGGAUAAUAUGGAAAAUCAACCGCUGGACAAAUAGCAUGAAAAGGUUUCAGCAUUGCAUAUCAUCAAUUUCAAGUAUGUAUUGGAUAUUAGACGCGAAUAACGACGACCGUUGCCCACAGGCCGAUUCAUACUUACACUGCUUUUGCAUGUGGCAAUAUUGCAGUGUAGUCACAAUAAUGGCCAUAGACUGACUGCUGGAUUCGGAUAUAUUUUAGUUCAGCAGGUGAAAAAUUAAAGGCAGUAGACCUGUGGAUACAGAGCGACGCGUUUCUCUCACAUUUUGCGCAUUUGUAAUAUAAUCCAUAAUAAAUUACGUCCGUUUGACGGCUACAUCCCCCCCCCCCUUCGAUCGGUUCUGCACGUUCGUGUACUUUUCAAUGUUAGUCGAAGGUCGAUUGUGAAACUCUUUAAAGUUCACCACCACAGCUAGGUCUCGCUAUUAACCACCUGUUCACUUUCUACUUUUGUUUAUUUUCAACAUUUGAAAUUAAAUUAAUUACACUUUUUAGCCGCCAAAGCAAAAUCUAAUUCAUUCCCUAUAAUACUUCUAUAAUAUACAGCUAUUUCAAUUAAGGUUGUCCACGAGCGAAGCGGAAAAGUCGAAUACGAGCGCAGGGCGUUUUUUAACUAUAUAACUACUUGGGCAUUUACCCCAGUAGGCCAUUUGCUUGCCCCAGUAGUGAAGCAUGAUUUUCAGAUGAACUGGGCCCUUUUGAUCAUUAGCAAAAGGUUAACCUUGUUGAAAAUGCUGCAUCUGCCUGCUUUCUCAUAUCCUCUCACAUUCUCGACAUUAAUUCCCUCUUAUAAAAGUCAGCACAGGCAGGGGCGGUGGUAAAAGUGGGUUGUGGGUGUGGAAUACCCCCAAUCGUCAGGUCGGUAGUCGGCAAAUUACUGUAUCUAAUACCAGUUGGAUGAAAAGAAAUACUAAUUAACGUUUGAAAUUAGUAAGCAAUAUUUCACUUUCACCCCCUCCCCCCCCUCUAUUCACUAUUCAAUAUUCAAAUAGCGCUAGCGCUGCCCCAGAGCACAGAGUGAUUUUUAUGUACCCGUAGUAAACUGUGUUAGGGAAAAGGCCCUCAUUGAGACUAAGCCCCAGUAGUUGUAAUUUCUUAAAAAUGCCUUGUACGAGAGCGAAAGGCUGCUGGGAAUCGAUCGCUUUGAAAAUUCAUUAACUUGUUAGCGAUUCCCAGCAGCCUUUCGCGUUCGUAUUCGACUUUUCCGCUUUCCUCGCGGACAACCUUAAUUGAAAUAGCUGUAUACAUGCACAUGCAUGUACAUGUGUAGAUUUGGAAAUGUUUUACCACAAUACAUUGAUUGACUGGUGCUUGUGUGUUGAACUCAGGUGUUUAAUUUUCUGCACACUGCAUGGACAAGCUGAAAAAUUGCUUGACAGCGAUGGGAAUCAAAACCCGCGACGUUUUCCUUUGGCUUGCUAUAGUCCAACGCUCUACCAACUGAGCUAUCAGGUCAAGUCAAUUCGAGUAGAUGAUAUUUCAGAACUUAACCUUCGAGCUUAGACUAAGAUCGUAUAAAGGCAAACAGUUCAAAAGGUUUUAUCCGCCGUUUAGUGAAUAAAAUAAGGAAAAAAUAUGCAUGGCUAAUAUUUUAUAAUUUGAUAACAUGAUAAUUGGCUGCAUCGCCGACAAUAAUGUCCAAUUAUUUUUCUUUACUAAGCCAGGGUGUAUAGAAAACGGAAUCCUCGAUUAAAAUUUAACUUUCGAAGAGAAUAAUAUGUUUCUGAUGUUUGUGAUGUUACUCUGAGUGUAUAUCCACAUCGGGCGAGCUUUUAAAAUAUGCCCGGCCACGGUGGGAAUCGAACCUACGACCUUUGGAAUACUAGCCCAAUGCUCUGCCAACUGAGCUACGCGGUCAGGUCGGUUCGAGUAAGUGAUAUUUAGGAACAGAAUAUAGUUCUUUCGAUACCAAUGUAAUCUAGUAACAUUGGUAUCGAAGGAACUAGAUUCUGAUCCGAAUAUCACUUACUCGAACCGACCUGACCGCGUAGCUCAGUUGGCAGAGCAUUGGGCUAGUAUUCUAAAGGUCGUAGGUUCGAUUCCAUGCACAGUGACCGGGCAUAUUUUUCAAGCUCGCCCGCGGUGUGGAUAUACACUCAGAGUAACAUCAUGCACAAACAUCAUAUUCACCUGAGUACACAACACUAACACAGAAAAAAUAUGUUUCUGUUUAUACACUCAUUCUAACAUUCAUAAUUCAUCCACUCGUUCACAUGCGUCAGAAGAAGAAAACCGCACUAAAGCUUGGCCAUUCAGCUUUCCAAUGGCGGCUUAGUUUUAAAUUUAAUUUUAAAUGGCUGGUUCGCGAAAAAUCUUAUUUUAAUUAGUGACUGCAUGCAAUUGGAAAUCCAAAAUUUGAGAUGCAACAAGAAAUCGAUACUACGUGAAAUUAACUUAUUUUGUUAACAAAAAGAAAAGAUUUUAAUAUUUAACAUGUAUAAAGCUCUACUUUUAAUUCGUUUAAUAAUUUACAUCCGGUUUAAAUUUGCGCCAACUUGAUAAAUUCUGUUGACAUUAUAUACGACGCGAUUCGAUGGCAUUCGUGCCGACGUAAGGUAAGGUUGUUUUUAUUUUUGAAGUGCAAAAUAAGCAAAUUAAAAUAUGUUUUAACUGAACUGUUUUUAAAAAUGUCUUGCUAUUUUUUGUCGCGUGGCAACAUAAACAACAGUAUGAAAGUUUAAACAAGAAAAUUCUAGAAUUAAAAUGCUAUACCUAAGCCUUAAGGCCCACACAGACUGAAUCGCGUCCGGUCUGUAUGGACCUUAAGACGAAAUAACAUAGUAAAUUUGCAUAGCCAAAUGUGGUAAAUUUUCUCCGUGCUAAAUUUUCUCUUGUGCCGUCAUUACUUCAUGGAUUUAAGGGAGCGGUCAUAAAGUAAGUGCUACCCCGGGGUGGAGGAUAUUGGGAUGGGGUAUGAAAUUUUUUUCAGGGAUCUGGAUGGGGUAUGAAAUAAAUUUAUCACUUUAAAGAGGUGGUAUGAAACAAAAUUUGUUUGUUUCAAUACAAAAAUUGCGUUAAUACAGUUUAAUAUUACGGCUCUGUUCAUGGUCCAAAUAAUUUUUCAUACAUCACUGCCAUCAUUGUCUCAUAAAAGAUUUGACCGUUGCUCAAGUAGUCUCCCUUGCAGCUGCUUUUUGUGUUGUGAUUUUAUUCCUCUUCAUGAGCUUGUGUGGAGGAGUACAUGAUGACAAAUAUUAUUCAAGGAAUGGCUGUAAGAGACUAUUGUACUGUAUAUUUAAUACACAGUGUAAUAAUUUUUAACUCUAUUUGUACCGGGGGUGCGCACAAUGAGCGCACCCAAAUAAAUAUUUAUCCGUCAUUCCUGAACAAAUGAACCGAUUUGCUUUUCUAAAAAUUCAAAGUUAUCCGGACGUUUGACGACAUUUGUCAAACAAGGUGUCGGGGCCAAAAAUGGGAAAAUGUGGGUUGGACAGUAUUUUUUGGCUGAAUCACUUCCAAAGACAUAAAUAACAUAAUAUAAUUAGAGAACAUAUAAAGAUGGAUUAUUACACAUGAUUUGCAAAGUAAAAUAUCCAUAAUAUAUUAUAUAAAAUAGUAAAAUAUAGUAUAAUAUAUAAUAUAGUAUAUUAUAAAAUACUUAUAUAAUAUAAAAUACUUAUUUAUAAUAUUUUUAUAUAUACAAAUACACAUAUUUCUUUCUACCUUCAAGGUUGAGCAAACACCAAACAUUUAGGAACCAUAAUAUAUUGUAGAAUAUGAAACCAAUUUAGUAUAAAUAUUGUGUUUUCAAAACUAUACUGCAGGCUCGUAGCCCACCUGCGUUACACUUCAUGUAACACAUAGUAUAUUGGCCUGGUAUAAAAAACAUGGUCGCCAUUUCAUAUUUUUUCUACAAACUUUUCUUGAUCGACUUCAUUGUUUCUUCGGUUUAUACUAAAUAAGUUAUGCCACCAAAAAGAGCUAGAGUUUCAGCAGAAUGCGCAGUUGCAAAUAUUAUGCGAUUUAUGGAACAAUAUGACAACAAUGACAGUGUCACAGUGAUGAUGGUGAAAUCACUCAAUCAGUGAUGUUAAAAAUGAUUUGGAUUCUUUAUAUGGGGAGACAGAUCAGUUUCAGUUGUAUGUCUUUUCAUAUGGUACAGAAAUGCCAGCUUGUAAAGAAAGAUGGUGGUGUUUAUGGACAUCUGAGGUAUGCCAUAACAUAAAAGUACGUCUUUUGAAUGUAUUAGACCCAAAAAUAUCACAUCCAAAAUUUUUUUUUAUCUCUUUACAUAAAAUAACCAAAAUAGGUAAAAUAUAAGCAAUAUUCGCCAUUUUUUGACAGGCGGUCGUAUUCAAUGGGGCCAAAAAACAGCACUUUGGAUUUGAAUUUUUUGUUAUUUUUAAGUUAAAGAAAGAUAAAACUUACAAAAAAUAAAACUUAUAGGAUAACGACAAUUAGUCAACAGAAUUUAUGAGCCCUAUCAGCACACCCCAGGUCAUAUCAACAUGAAUAAACCCCGGUAAGCUUAUCGUUUUAUGAUGGGGUAUGAAACAUUGAGACCGAUCUUGAUGGGGUACCAAAUAUUAUCCGACAAUUUUGGACAUUUUGUGGGGUAUGAAAUUUUUUUCACAAAAUUAAAAAUAUCCUCCGCCCCGGGGUAGCACUUACUUUAUGACCGCUCCCUAAAUCGCUAGAAUACUGGUGCUUUAAUAGUAACACAUUUGACAUCCGUAAGUACAAUUUCUUACGCUGAAUCGAACGGUGGUAUUUUAUCGUUAUUGCGCCAUUAAUAGGCAUUACAAAUACAAGGACAAACCUGUGGACAAACGUAGUGCGAGUGACUUGUGAUCAACAAUACGUACUGCGAGCGAUUUUUCAACAAUACAAUUUCGCUUCAUUUUCAAAGGGCAUAAAUCGCUAGAAUAUAAUAAUAAAUUCGCGGCAUCUAACACUAACCCUAACCCCAACCCUAACCACUAACCCCUAACCCUAACUUUUUUAACUUUUUAAAAUUUUUUAACUUUUUUAGAAAUAUAACUUUUUAAACUUUUCUUGCUUUUCAAAACUCUUUUAAAACUUUUUUAAAAACUAUUCUUUUAGAAAACUUGAAAAACUAACCGCCCGACCAGCCUCUCUUUUAGUGCCAUUAGAUUUAUAACAAGAAACCUUGUGUAAUGCUUGUGGUUUCAUGAUUAACUCUAUUGAAAAAUUAAAAAUGUGCCGCGAAUUUAUCAUGAUGAUAAAUUCGGACGUGUUUAAAAGAAUUUACUCAUAUAGUAAAUUCAAAGGUGGAGCUCAUGUUGGAAAAAUGCGAGCCGAAACCUAUACUCGUCUGGGGGGCACAGAGUGCCCCAGCGAGUAAUGAGGCAUUCCACGUUGGUCAAAUUUAGCAAAAUUUCUCCCACUCGUGCGGGCUCGUAUUGUUAGCGGACAUCUUACAGAAAGUGGGCAGUUCUGUGCAAGUCCGCUGAAAAUGCGAACCUGCGGUACUGGGAGAAAAUUUGCUGAAUAUGACCAGCAUGUUCCGAUUUCAACAUUUCGCUAUUGGAAAAAAAGUCGAUUACCUCUUGUGGAGCAUCACUAGGAAGACGUCCAUGAUGGCUUCAUGUCAUGAAUAUUAAAAAUCAUCGCAGUUUCAUUUUGACAAGUUGCUUGUGGUUUUAUAGAAUUCUAAACGAGAAAUAAUACGAUGAAGAAAAUCUUAUCAUCAAUUUUUUUGUAUAAAUAAUAUAACAAGUACAAUGUCAGCCGAAACUGAUCAACUUUAGACGGUAGUAAUUUGUAUUCUUCCCAUUUUAUUUCUGUUAGGUCUGGUUCACUGAAUACAUUUAAGCACGAACUUUUGGCUUUUCACGCAAAAAACUUUGGUAUUUUGGACACCUUUUCUCGUUUCAGACACGUGCACGACGAAUCUUCAGUCUUUUAUGCUAAUAAAAGUUUAGUCAUAAAAACGUUUUGCGAAGCGUUUGUGAUUGAAUUUUACAUUAAAUUUAAGCUUUAUUACGUAUAAUAACAUACCUAACAUAUAUAUGUUUGGGAAAUUGAUAAUUUUGUAAUUAAAAGUGAUAUUUUUAGGGGAAAUAUUUCAAUUGUAAAAAUAUUCUUAAUGAAAUUAUCGUGUUGCCAUGACAACUACUUUAAAUACUUCAUGUUCGGAAAAUAGCUACAAUGGUUUUGUCAGCAAGGCGAGGGUUUCUGCAUGCAUGUAUUUUCUAGUAUUAGAUAUGUCGGGGCAAGCAUUUGGAACUCGAUUGAUGAAAACAGGAUUUAAAAAAUAGUUGAUUCAUAAUACCUUCGACAUGUAUACAAGCAAUUAAUUUAUUGUUUGCAACAUUUCCAUCAUACUUAUAGGAGUAGCAAUUUAAUCUAAGAUUUGUAGCAUAUUUCAGAAAGUUCAUUUCCAUCCUAUUGUAUCUACUCUUUCUAGUCGUUUGAUUCUUGAAUAACAAACAUAGAAAGCCAACUAACCAGGCCAGUCUCUUUCUGAGACUAUUUUAGUUGGCUUUUUGCCAUAAUUUGUGUUACAUUAUAUUUUUUUUCUCUCAUUGUAAAUUUUUGAAUGGCAAAAAAUUUCUUCGUACUAGAAAAAAUGGCGAGGAAUUUAUUAUUAUUAUUAUCACUAUUGACUCUCCUCGACCUGUGAGUGUUCGUUUUGCCUUAAACCUGAAUCUCUGUUACACGUUGUUGCUGGCUGUGGUUCCUAUCUUGAUCGAUUUACUUGGAGACAAGACUCAAUCCUAAAUUUUAUUGCUAAUAACCUCCCAUCAGAACAUAUUCAGACCAUUUAUGCUGACUUACCAUCAUUGUCCAAUCCCUCUAUUAUUACUAGUGAUGACUAUCGUCCUGAUCUACUAAUUUUGACCAAAGACAAUUGUCU